AUGCCGGCGCGGACUCUUCUGGAGCGAGAUUUGAUCCAAGCUGCAUCUGACGACCGGGAAGUCGCCCGUCUGCCUCUUGGAAAGGUUGCCGUACGCAUCAUGCAUUACAUCGCAAGCUUACGGUCGAGUGUGCUGCAGCACCGCGCCCACACAUCCUCGGCCGCACAGGCUGAUCCAGAGUGCCGUCGAGCCUCGUUGUUGAGCCGCGGCACGGUUGGGCGAGGAGGUCUUGAGACUGCAUCUGGCAUUGAAUACAUGCACGGAUCACUCUCCAACUUGGGCUUCCAAGCGAGCGACGUCUCGCUGGUCUGCCCUUCGAACUAUGCUCUCCUGAAUGAUUUCCAUGAGGGCAAGGUCUAUCAGCAGUGUUGCCCCAUCGCCAGCCUAGCCUGUGCUGGCUGCGAGCGCUACGACCCUGCAACAGACUCAUGCCUUCAGUGUGCCGCCGGCUUCCGGCCUUUUGCCCCGACGUCAAGCGGCCCCGGUCCUGCAUCUCAACAGAUCUGCCAGCUUUGUGCCGAUGUCCCGUGGGCCGAUGCUCACGGCUCCAGCUGUGCGGAGUUUGAGAGGUCGGGAAUCUGCCAGCUGGGCAGGGUCCACGAUGUGAACCUCACCGUGAGUCAGGGCCUGCUUGCAGCGGAGGCCUGCUGCGCUUGUGGCGGUGGGGUCCGCGGAGCUUCGUCCUUUGCCUACGCCGCUCUGAACGUGCCCUGCGGCAAAACCAAUGUGGACAUGCUGCCCCUACCGCGCCUGGAUGCUACCUACCUCACGGAGAAGUGCAUGGUGCACCAACUGAACUUGACCAUGGACGGCCGAACCGGCAAGGUAUUCGGUGAGCUGCAGUCGCCAGAGCCCCAGACCAUCGCCUGCCAGAUCACUGCUACAGCCUCGCGGGCACCCGGCUCUGAUGCAAUCAUCCCGGAAGCCUCAGCGAGCCUUCAGAUUCGAGUGGUGCACUUCGCAUACAGCGGCAGCGCCCUGACCUUUACCCACGAAAAUCAAAGCUUCGCUCCAGCGUUUCAUGGAUUCUGGGAUCACUUCGAGCUCCGCUGCACGCCGGACCUGCCCUGGGCACAGAUUGACCGCCUGGGCACCAUCUCGCAGAACGGCCAGCCACCCAUCCCGCGCACUGCCGGCUGUACAGUCAGCGCCAAGGGGUGCUUGGAGGGUGAGUGGGGCAACUGCACCAUGGUGACACGGUCUACGGAGACCGUGCUGGUGGCUGCCAAUGAGCCUUCCGAGCUCUUCCUGGUCUCAGAGGCCUCGCGCAAGUGGGUCAAGGUCAAUGAGGUGAGUCUCGUGGUUGGCCGAUCCACGACGAGCUACCGCCUGUCCUCCGUCUUGAGCUCUCAACAAGAAGCCGAGAUUGACCCGCCUGUGGCAUACCACGUGGAGUGCGGCAACGGCACCCGCUUUGAGGCCCGGCGCGGCGUCUUGACCAAGGACGGGGUGGACGUGUUCCACCUGACCAGCUCGGGGCAGUUUGCAGGUGAGCCGGCGGUUUCGUUGCUGGGACACUGCCGGGCCCUGGAGCCCCGGUGCCAGCUUCGGCUCCGCUGCCGCGCCUACGGCGUCCUCCCCUUCAGCAAGCGGCUCCAAAGGGCCGAUUUCCUGGUCUCGGUCACCGACGACACGUGCUGGACGAGGGGUCGGCCGGAGGACUUUGCUCCGCUGAUUGCGCUCUCCCAUCAAACGUGGAAUGUCAGUGAUGUGAGCAAUGCCAACGCCACGUCGUCGAGCAGUGCAGUCGCCCAGUGCCGUGCCCUGUGCCGCGCGGACAAGACCUGUGCAGCUGCGGGCUUGGACCUUGCAGGCAAUUGCUACAAAGCGGUGCAUACGGUGUCCACUACCUCAAACCUCACUUCCAUUCACGUGAAGGUCACGGACUGUGACCCUUUGAAGCAGUGCUUGAUGGUCGCGGUCCCAGGCGAGGCAUACCUGUCUGGCCAGUUCUGCCCGGUGGAGAACCGUAUGCAGCUGCCAGUCUACAGCAUGGACGGAGUGACCGACGAUUCCACGUUGUAUCUUCACAAGUUUGAUCACCUCUCAGAAGCAGCCCCGGAGCAGUGUGGUAAUCCGUCCCGCGAUGCUUGGGUGAUUCGGCGAAAGUCUGCGAGGGACUUCGUCGGCGACAGCCUGGAGCUACGGGGUCCCAUCCUUUGGUGCUUCUCUGACGACGUGGUGCAGCAGGCUUUCGACGUUGAUGGCUAUGCCGGUGGCAGCUACCCGUCGCCAGACGAAUCAAGCCGGCAGAACGCGAACGCCUCCACGCCGAGAGUUGUCGAGGUGAAACCCUGGGUCUUCGAGUGCAAGUCUCCGUUGCAAGACCGAGAGGAGUUCCGCGCCGCCCAGGGCCUACCAGAGCAGUUUCCGAACCCGGACGAUGCCAAGAGAAUCUUCCGCUUCGACGACUUAACGACCGAAUUGAUGGACGACCACUCCCUGGGCUUCUGCGAGUGCUUCCCUGGCAACUAUGGCGACAGCUGGCCUGUUGUAAGGCAGGCCUUUGAGGCUAUGCCGCCGGGCUCCGACAAUGCUUUCGUUCCCCCACCUCAGCUGCUGGUGCAUGGAGCCGUGACUUGUGAAAUCACCGCCUUGCACAGCUCCCAUCAGGACGUGGGAAAGCAGGAUUGCGAGGUGCUGGCCAAGCAGGCGCAUUUGGAGUUCUUUUGGGUCGGGGAGUACGCAGGCAUCUCGCUCUGCCGCCUCUACCUGACCUGCAACUCCUUGCAGGUAGAGGUCGGUGCCGAGGGCCAGUUGUUCGGGCUGAGCUUUCAGGAGGCUUGUGCCAUCGCUAAUCCGGAAGAGUGCUGGGACGAGAAGCGCAGGCUCUUCUUGACGGGCUUCCAAACCUCGGUUUUGGGAGGGCGUGAGGACUUGCAAAGUGGCGAGGUCCCAUGCCUCUUUGAGGAGCAGCUGAAGCAGUGCCACCGACUGAAGCGAUUGCAGGUUCCUGGCGUCGAGAGCUGUGACACCUGCCGCUUUGCAAAAAGCACCUACCGUUCUGAGCGCCAGCCUUUGAGACCGAGUUUCCCUGCCGGCACCGCCCUGCGGGUCUCCUGCCAUCCCGACCUUUACCACACCUUUCAUCACGAGGUCCAGAUUAGUGGAAUGUCUAUGACCUGUGUGAACGGCUACUGGAUCACGGAAUUCGGAGGAAUGUCGAUGAUGGACCUGAACUGCCAGAUCGGUGUGCAGAUCACGGCAAGAGAGCCGUCGAGCUUCCUGGACUACUCUCGCGCCCAGCGUGGGGAGGAGUGGUUCGAGGCCCACUACGGAAAGACCCUGCGCUCCUGGGAUGGCAAGUGCCUCGCCCCCGAUCAUUGGGCUGGGGAAGCCGCCGAGGCCAUCGACGUCCCCCUUGAGGUGUCCUUCGCGGCCUUGCCCUGGGGCAGGGUGGGCCACGCGCAGCUCGAGCCCGGCUCCACGAUCUCCCUCUGGAACAUGCAGGCCACGCGCUUCCUGAGUGGCAGCGUUGCUGGCUCCGUUUUCGGCUCGCAUUCCCGGCAGCAGCUGGACUGGGCCGGUUUGGAGGACGAGAUCUCCUUCCUGGUGGUCGCAGCUGGCCACGGCAAGGUAGGCCUCUACAACCAGCCCAGUCGGCGCUUCCUGCAGGUCUCCGACCGGCAGCUCAAGCUGUCGGAUUCCGUGAACUGGGAGCAUCUCGCCCAAAUGGACGACAGCGUGGUUUUCAAACCCGUGGGUAGUGAUGCCGGGCAUCUCGGCCUUUGGAACGUAGCGCACCGACGCUUCGUGACCCUCAAUGGUGCCGCAGCUCGCGCAGAGAACUGCUCGGAUUCAGGCGACGCCUGCAGUAGCGGCUUGAGCAAGCAGAUGACCGCGGCACAGACAUUUGUGGCGCAGACGCUUGGCCACGAGUUUACCUUUCACCUUGGUGGAUAUGGCUGCGCAGAAGGUGGUUCAGACAGAAGGUGUGGCUACUAUACCUCCUUUCAUUCCGGGCGCUGCCAGCUGGCAGAAACCUGCGAGCCGGUCCUGGAGCCCCGCGCCAUGACCUUCGCGAAGGCUCGGCAGAGAGUGGCAAGCGGCGGCAACUCGACUUCAAACAGCGAGAUGGCCAACGAAACAGCCAGCCAGGCCACCUCUCUCCUCGACUACAGUGAAGCAGAGGUUGUUGAGGUUGAUGCCACUCUUACUAAUCUGUCGACCUUGCAAGCAGCUGUGAACUUGUCCUGGUAUGGGGCCCUGAUGAACCAGCCCCACAUGAGCAACGACUGGGUUCCUUGGGCAUGGGGACCUGUCGCGAGUGCGAUUUGGGAUAAACACAUGAACCAGCAGCAGUUCCAGCAGUAUGUCAUAGACAACGACUGGGGCACCAUGAUCACCAUGCCCAGAGACUUCACGACGGUUUUCGUGGAGUGCGACGUUCCCGGUCUUGAAUGGUGGGUCAACCAUGGUUGGACGAAGAAAUACAACGGAUACAGUGGAAUCGUCCAUAUCCAGAAGUGCCCGGAGCUCCUCUGCCCGGAGGGGGAGGUCAUCGAGCAGCUGGCGAUGCGCGGCAGAAGGUUGGAGGUGCGUUGCCGCAAGGUGUGCGGCUUCAAGUUCGACGAGUCUACUGACUGCAAAUGGAGCAUGGCCAGUGGAGAUAUGGACAACUGGGCCUGGUGGAAAACUGGACAAUGGGGAUCAAAGUCGCGGGUGCCGGAAGGCUCAUACGGCUGGAUCGGACAGGGCACGUGGUGGUGGGCAGGGAUGCCGGGUAACCCGAAGUUCUUUGUUGGCAUGCGAUUCUCCGCACCGUGGAAUGGCUGGGAGUUUAAGGCUUGCAAUGCCCCGCGCAAGUACAACAUAAAGUAUGUUGCCUACCACGAAAGAUAUCAGUACGACGUGUAUGGUCAACAUAUGUAUUGGGACCACUUUCCGGCGUUCGUGAGUGAUUGGGUUUUGUACCAGUACAUUCCUCGCCCUGAAGAGAACUUGGGCACAUGGGGUUGGCGAGAAGACAAUCUCAACGUGAAGUACUAUUGGCGGCUUCGACGUUCGGUCUUUGCCACAAAAACGCCCGAAUACGUGGAUGGAUGCAGCACCUGCCCAAAAGGAGAGAUUCCGGUCUCCCCCGGAUCACAGGAGUGUGAGCCCUGCGGCACCGGCUUGUACACCAACUUUGAGGGCUCCGCCUCUUGCCUGACCUGCAAUGUGGGCUACGCAUCCCGGCGGCGGCGCGCUACCAGUUGCGAGGGCUGCCCAGCAGGGAAGUACCAAGACAACUUUCUGCGAAUGCAGGACUUCAACUGCAAGUGUCGCGGCUGCAUGCCCUGCCCGAGUGGAUAUUUCUCUUCGGGCACGGCCGCCGCCUGCUCGGCCUGCCCUGCUGGGCGCUUCGCCUCUUCGGAGGGGCAGACGGCCUGCGAGUUGUGCCCCGCUGGCCUCCAGUCCUUCGAGGGCUCCAAGGCCUGUUUCGAGGAUUGCCCCUGCAGUCCGGACCUGUCCUGCAGCUGCCACUUCGGCGACACACUUUCCUACAACAUCACCGUGCCAGUGCAUAAAAAAGGAACGCAAUACGAGGUGCGCAUGACCUUCUUGGGCGAAGUCACCUCCUGUCGAUUUAUGGACCGCCCUGUCGCAGAGCUUGCGCAGCAGAGCCUUUGCAACGAGUCGCUGGAGGAUGCCAACGGUUGGGGCUACCGUGGAUGCCAAGACCACACGGCCAGCGGGCGUGUGUGCUUGCCGUGGCAAGCCAGCCUCGCUCGACUGGAGGCAAAGCGGAGCAAUAUCAACUCGAGCGAGGCUGGUUUAGGAAAUCAUUCCUUUUGCAGAAAUCCGGACAACUCCUCGACGAUCUGGUGUUUCGUGGACGACCUGGACGUGGCGUGGGAGUAUUGCCAGCCUCAGGCUGAGAAAAUCUUCCAAACCACAGUGUUCGUAAUGGGAAACCAAAGCACGGUUCUACGGCUAAGCGGCGAGCGUGAGACUUGCCGCGGGCUCCAGAAGGUGGCUGUGAUCCAUCCCAUGAAAGCACAGUGGGGCGAGUGCCGUUCGGGCAGCCGGGACACGUGGCGCUUCCUACCGGUGCCUGCAGCGCCUGGGCGCGCUUUGCUGGAGUUUGCAGGCAAUGGGCGACCCCUAUGCGUUGAUGCUGGCAAUGGGGCAAUGAUAUCAUGCUAUGAGCACGAUCUUCGGCAGCUGGUUCCCAUGGAUGCCUUGCAUGAGCAUAUCAACCGCUGGACGAUGAAAGAGCACGGAAAUGUAGAGCACGUCUGUGGCAUCGACCAGUACUCCCUCUGCUCCUUGGUUUCUGUAGGCAGCAAGAACGCCUUGGACCUACUCGUGGACAUGGGCCAGGUGCGCGCCUCUUAUAAAUGCCCUGUGCAUUCUAUGAUAGGAUAUGAUACGGUUUGA